CUCAGAAGUCAGCGAAGCUUCGCCCUGCCGGCGGACGGCAUGAUUUGUCUGAAUCUAGCAAUUGACCGCAGCAAUCUCUGAAAUUGAUCACCGAACCUGCGUCAUCACCUGAACAAAUACAUAAUGCACCUGCGAGGAUUCUGAAGAUCACGACCGAUAACUACUCACGAUGGCACCAUCAGCCAUAGAUCCGCCUGUAUCAGCAGCUGUGCCAGCGUUGCCAGUGCCCGACGAAAAGACGUAUCCCCCAGCGAGAAUAUACCCCAUGAAGGAGAUGCGCUUCGAGAAGCACACCCCACCUCAACCAGAUGGACGAGAAAAAGCUCUUGCGCAGUCCAGUGGCAGCGCCGCCAUCGUCAUUGAUAAUGGCUCCUCGGCAGUUAGAGCCGGAUGGUCUUUUGAGUCGCAGCCAAGAUUGAGCUUGCCCCCGAUCAUGGCCAAAUACCGCGAUAGAAAGCUGGGCAAGACGUAUUCCUUCGCCGGUGCCGACUGCUACGCCGACACGACCGCUCGAGGCCACAUUCGAAAUGCGUUUGAGGCCGGCACAAAUAUAGUGAGCAACUGGGACGUAAUGGAGCAUGUGCUUGACUGGACUUUCCUCAAGCUAGGUAUGAACAGCGCUGAGGGCUCAAUCGACAUGCCGAUUGUCCUGACCGAAGCUGUGGUGAAUCUACCGUACUCGCGAAAAUCCAUGAACGAGAUCAUUUUCGAAUGCUACGGAGCCCCCUCCCUUGCGACCGGCAUCGACUCACUAUUCUCGUAUCGCUACAAUAAGGGACAGACAGGACUCGUAGUCUCCUCAUCAUACAGUUCAACUCAUGUCAUACCCGUCUAUAACUCAAAAGCCAUGCUGGCGCAGGCUAUUCGUCUCAACUGGGGCGGUUAUCAAGCCGCUGAAUACCUCCUGAAACUUAUGCGCCUCAAAUACCCUGCCUUCCCCGGCAAGCUGAACGCUUCGCAAGCCGAGAACAUGCUGCGCGAUCACUGUUACGUCUCCAAAGCAUACGACGAUGAAAUACGAUCAUAUCUCGAUUGGUCAGGAUUGGAGGACAGGGAUGUCGUCAUUCAAUACCCAUAUACCGAGGAAGUCAUUAUCCAGAAGAGCGAGGAAGAGCUGGCUCGGCAAGCUGAACGCAAAAAGGAGAGUGGCCGGCGCCUGCAAGAACAAGCGGCCAAGAUGCGGCUGGAGAGGCUAGUACGAAAGGAGCAAGAUCUUGAGUACUACAAGAAUGUUCAGGAGAAACUUGCCGACGCCAACAAGAAAGAGACCAAAAGGCUGCUUGAUGCAGAGGACAUGAAAGACGAGGCGCAUCUUGAGCGCACCAUCAAAGAACUCGAGAAGUCAGUCAAAAAGGCACGCACAAAGGAUGUUGGAGGUGACCCUGAGGAGGAACAGGACGUACCGUCGUUCGAGCUUUUGGAUGUCCCUGAUGAUCAGCUUGAUGACGCUGGACUCAAGCAAAAACGACAGCAGCGCCUAAUGAAAGCCAAUCAUGACGCCCGCGCCCGCGCCAAGGCCGAGAAGGAAGCCGAGAAAGCCCGGGUCGAAGAAGAAGAGCGUGCCGAUCGAGAGCGACGUGAAAAUGAUCUCGAAGGCUGGCUAGAGGAGAAGCGCGUGGCUCGGAAUGACACGCUGCAACGGAUAAAAGACCGGGAUCGUCUCAAAGCCGAUCUGGGCAACCGCAAGUCUCUAGCCUCCCAGAUCCGCAUGAAGUCCAUUGCGAAUCUAGCAUCAGACGGCCCGCGUGUUAAACGUCGACGGGGCGGCGACGAUGACAACUUUGGAGCGAAUGACGACGACUGGGGUGUUUACCGGCAGAUUGCGGUAGGUGAGAAUGCAAGCGAUGACGAGGAGGGCGAGGAAGAUCUUCUAGGCAACCUCAAAAUGCUCGAGGAGGACCUUCUACGCUACGAUGAAUCAUUCACGCACGAGGACACUUUCGAGGCGCAGACGAACUGGAGCAAAUCGCUCUUACACGCCUUCCUGCGCGGGCCGCGGCCGUUCAACGUGGGCGCCCAGUCCGAGAUCCACCAACUGCACCUCAACGUAGAGCGGAUACGUGUGCCAGAGGUAGUGUUCCAGCCGUCCAUCGCAGGCGUCGAUCAAGCAGGACUCGUCGAGAUCGCCAGCGACAUUCUCAACCAGAGAUUGGUUGGCAUUCCCAACAUUAACCGCGACGACUUCCUGCGCGAUGUAUUCUUGACUGGUGGUAACACCCUGUUUGAGAACUUCGACGACCGGCUCCGCCAAGGCCUCACGGCUUCGCUGCCUGCUGAUAGCCCACUGAGGAUUCGGCGGGCUAGCGACCCGGUGCUGGAUGCUUGGAAGGGCGCCGCGGAAUGGGUUGGGUCUUCUGGCUACAAGACUGCCACUGUUACCAGGGCUGAGUGGCAGGAGAAGGGUGGUGAUUACAUUAAGGAACACGAGCUGGGCAAUUCCUACGCAUGAGCAAGCAACAUAUUUGGUCAGCAGGGCGCGAUAGGGUGAGAAUUGUGGCUUCAGUCGGGAGCUUUUUCUAUUCUUGCCAUUUUCCGGGUUAGUCAUCAAUGUAGACUCGGGAUUCGUAAACGCCAAUCUAGGAUGCUCUUGAGUAUAUUCGGUCUUCGUGUGUAAAGCGUCUAUAGUAUGUUUUGGUAAAAGCAAAUUACACAAUGAGG